AUGUCCCAAAGAGAUCAAGCAAUACAGAGCAAUAAGGCAACUGGGAGCCAACUCUCCUCCAAGGAGAAAACUACCGUGCCGUACGAGUCCUGGGUAGGCAUCCUGAAGCCCGACAAGAGACAGCCUCAGGGCGAGGCUCGAAAUAUAGCCCGACUACAGCUCCGCGAACGAUAUCGCAAGUUGUUCGGGACCGAUAGCGAGGAAGAUGCGGCCAAGGAACCAAUAGGACCAGAACACAACUCGCCGGUUUCCUCCUGGUCCUCCCUGCCGACGACGCCCUCUCCGACGCGGCUACCCCGAACACCGUCACCACGGAAGCGACCACGCACCGGGGUACCACCCAGACGGCCCUCGUUGACAAGGGACGACGGCCCGAGAGGAGAACUCGUAGAGACGCUCCAUCCAUGGAGGCUGAUACCUUUGCGCCUCUCUCCAGUUAGGCGCACCCGACCUCCGCUGGAGAAACUCAUAACCUGGGACUUGUUCGGGACCGAUAGCGAGGAAGAUGCGGCCAAGGAACCAAUAGGACCAGAACACAACUCGCCGGUUUCCUCCUGGUCCUCCCUGCCGACGACGCCCUCUCCGACGCGGCUACCCCGAACACCGUCACCACGGAAGCGACCACGCACCGGGGUACCACCCAGACGGCCCUCGUUGACAAGGGACGACGGCCCGAGAGGAGAACUCGUAGAGACGCUCCAUCCAUGGAGGCUGAUACCUUUGCGCCUCUCUCCAGUUAGGCGCACCCGACCUCCGCUGGAGAAACUCAUAACCUGGGACGUGAGAGCCUGCCGACCGCUCUCACCCCGGUAUUCGUCUCCACUCGAGAAGGUGUCAUCACCGGCCCAGGCUCACCGGGCAACGCAGACGUCGCCAAGGAAGCCGGUACUCAUACCAGGCGUCGCCAGAAUUCCGACGGCACCCAAGAACCCGGAUCCACGCAUUAGCGCCGUCAGACACUCUGUGUCACCACGCAAGCUCGCACGGCCAGAAAGGUUCCGAGCUCACGGCGGCUCGCCGAAAAAGCCAGCACUAUCUGGGACCGCGCACCCGACCUCCGCUGGAGAAACUCAUAACCUGGGACGUGAGAGCCUGCCGACCGCUCUCACCCCGGUAUUCGUCUCCACUCGAGAAGGUGUCAUCACCGGCCCAGGCUCACCGGGCAACGCAGACGUCGCCAAGGAAGCCGGUACUCAUACCAGGCGUCGCCAGAAUUCCGACGGCACCCAAGAACCCGGAUCCACGCAUUAG